AUGCAUCAGAUCCUCAACAAUACAAAGUCGACCGUUUUUCAGCCAUUCCAAGAUUUAGAGUCCCGGGCUCUCCUCUAUCACUACAUGAAAAAGCCUGAUCGCUGGUGGGAGGCAAAUGCCCGCUUCGCAAACUCCAUCAUUAUGAGUGUCACGACUCUUGAAGUUGCCUAUUCCCUCGUUGUGGCAGCCCUGGCGCUGGUAGGGGGAUGCUCUUCAUCAAGCGACCAAAAGAUUGAUUGCCUUAGGGGACAUAAGAAGGUGUUUGACGACUUUUUGGAGAGGCGGAAGCUUGGAACUCAGAGGCCUUGCUUUAUGACCGAGUUACUGGACAUGAACACUGAUGGCGAGUUCAGCACGGAAGAUUGCUAUUUUAUAGGAGGGACCCUCAUCGAGGCUGGAUCUGACACCACUCGAGUUACCUUGAUGGAGAUUCUUGCAGCCGCAGUAUUGUAUCCAGAUUGGGUCGAGAGGGCUCUGCAGCAACUCGACUCGGUGUGCGGAUCCAAUGCUGAACGCAUCCCGAACUUUGGCGACAUGCCUAAGUUGCCACUAAUCAAGGCGAUAGUUAAGGAAAGCAUGCGAUGGAAAUUGCCGCAGGGAACAGUUGUUACCAUCAACCACUGGGCGAUUUCUCAUUUAGACCAUGGAGAACCUGAACGGUUCUAUCCAGAAAGAUUCCUCGACGAGGAUCUGGAUGUGCCCACGAAAGGGCAUCUGGGCUUCGGCGCUGGCAAGCCCCACUCUCUUGCUGUCUUCUGCUGCGCAUGA